AGAAGCGUAUCUAACGGCGGAGAUGUUCCUGCGUGUGAUCGGGCGGCCAUAAUUGGCGAAGGUGAAGCAGACGACUGGGAUCGUUGGGCUAGAAUCGUUGAGAAGCGACUUGGUUGUGGUAGUCGAGAAGCUCAUUGAGGAAGCUCGCGAGGAGCUCACUUUUGUUGGCAAAAUGAUCGGUUCUGUUCCAGAUGAUUGCGAGUGCGAAGUCAUUGAGAAUGAUGCCCCGAUACCUAAACAUGUUCCGCAGUACCGUCCCGGGCCUCUUCCUGAGGAGUUCUACAAGAUCAAAGCUGUAAAUUCAGAAUCCAAAACAGAGAUUCCAGCUGCUAGCUCGAGCUAGCCGCAAGAGAAAGAGUGAGUAGAUUCAAGUGUUGCAUUGUAUGUGCUGGUAAAAUCCCAGUAUCCAUCUCACUUACUAGCUGAUUUCUUGUGUUCUGUGUUGAUUCUAAUAAUAAUCUAUGAAGCUACACAUGCCACAUCGAUGAAUAUUGAGUUUUCAA